UUAUGGUUCUGUGAUUCUCUGAUUGUAUGAUGCUUGCAGUCAAUUAGUUCUGGAAUGUUGCAUCCCUGGCUGACUACCUUUUAUUUGUUUAUUUGUUUGUUUGUUUGUUUAAUUUAUAUGCCGCCCACACUACCCAAAGGUCUCUUUUCUUGUCUCGUUCCUUUAAUUCAGGAUUUCUGAAUGUUGUUGUAAAGGCAGAAGAAGAGGAGAAUCUGCACAACCAGGGAACUGUGGAGAUUUCAAGUGUUCCCUGGGAUCAGUCAGGAUCUCCUACCAAUGUCAAAAAGUUAGAGCAGGAAGAAGAUCUACCCAACCAAGUGUCUGAAGGAAGUGGAAGUGUUGCCGGACACCUGUCAGAUAACUGGAGAGAAACGAAGAUUUACCCUGAAUUGGAUCUUGCCAAACACCAGCAAACCAAUGGAGCUGAGGAACAUAGUCGCACAGAGAACUCCCACAAAUACACUGUGCCUGGGAAGUGUUUUGUCCAACAGAUGAUGCUGGCAGAUCGUAAUAGUGUCUACAGUAUAUAUGAAGUUCCUAGAGAAUGUUUUCCUAGCGACGCACACCAUAGUCUUGCUUCAGGAGGAAAAGCACAUGAAUGCCAAGAGCAUGAAAAUAGUGCUCAGAGUCCUAACCCUGUGAGACAUCAGGCAGUUCACACAAGGAAAAAACCAUACAAAUGCCAGGACUGUGGAAAAUAUUUUGUUUGCAAUUCACACUUAGCAAGCCAUCAGAGGGUUCACACAGGAGAAAAACUGUACAAAUGCCUUGCAUGUGAGAAAUGUUUUACUCAUAGUUACCAGCUUGUCACACAUAAAAAAGUCCAUGUAGGUGAGAAGGCGUACAAAUGCCAGGAGUGUGGGAAAUGUUUUACGCACAGGUACCACUACAUCAGGCAUAAGAGGAUCCAUUCAGGUGAGAAACCAUAUAAAUGCAAUUACUGUGGGAAAUGUUUUGCUUCCAGUUCAGUCUUUGUGAUCCAUAAGAGAAUUCACUCAGGAGAAAAACCACACAAAUGUGAACACUGUGGGAAAUGUUUCACUCAAAAUUUACAUUUGGUGAUACACCUCAGAGCUCAUACAGGGGAGAAACCUUAUAAAUGCCUUCAGUGUGGGAAAUACUUUUCUCAGAAAGCAAACUUUGAAUACCAUGGGAGACUCCACACAGGGGAGAGACCGUAUAAAUGCCAGCAGUGUGGGAAAUCUUUUAUUCAGAGAACACAACUUUUGAGGCAUAAAAGAGUUCAUACAGGAGAGAAACUAUUCAGAUGUCAGGAGUGUGAUACCUGUUUUGUUCAUAGAACCCAGCUUGUGAGGCAUAAAAGAGUCCACACAGGUGAGGAACCAUACAAAUGCCAGGAGUGUGGAAAAUGUUUUGCUUGGAAACAACAACUCAUGGUUCAUUUCAGAGGCCAUACAGGAGAUACAGGAGAGACACCAUUCAAGUGUCAGGAGUGUGGGAAGUAUUUUGCUGUCAAUGCAAAUCUUGUGAGGCAUAAAAGAGUCCACACAGGAGAGAAACCGUACAAAUGUCAAGCAUGUGAGAAAUGCUUUACUCAGUUAUCAAGCCUUCGGACACAUGAAAAAGUUCACAGAGGAGAAAAGCCAUAUAAAUGCCCGGAAUGUGGAAAAUCUUUUGUAGAGAAUUCACACCUUGUACAGCAUAAGAGAGUCCACACUGGGGAGAAACCAUACAAAUGCCCGGAGUGUGGGAAAGGUUUUGCUUACAAUACACACCUUGUGAGGCAUAAAAGAGUCCACACGGGAGAGAAACCAUACAAAUGUGAGGACUGUGGAAAAUCUUUCGCUUACAAUACACAGUUUGUGAGGCAUAAAAGAGUCCACACAGGAGAGAAACCCUUCAAAUGUGAGAAGUGUGGCAAAUGUUUUUCUUGGAACACAGAACUUGUGGCCCAUUGCAGAGUCCACACAGGAGAGACGCCCUUCAAGUGUCCAGAGUGUGGGAAAUGUUUUGCUUACAAUAACCAGCUUGUGAGGCAUAAAAGAAGCCACACGGGGGAGAAGCCAUACAAAUGCCAGGCUUGUGAGAAAUGUUUUACUCAAGUAUCAAGCCUUCGGACACAUGAAAAAGUCCACAGAGGAGAAAAGCCAUAUAAAUGCCUGGAAUGUGGAAAAUGUUUUGUAGAGAAGUCGCACCUUGUGCGGCACAGUAGAGUCCACACAGGAGAGAAACCAUACAAAUGUGAGGAGUGUGGGAAAUGUUUUGCUUGGAAGACACAAAUUGUGAUUCAUCACAGAGUCCAUACAGGAGAAAAACCAUUCAGGUGUCAGGAGUGUGGGAAAUGUUUUACUUAUGAUACACAGCUUGUGAGGCAUAGACAAGUCCACACAUGAGAGAAACCAUACAAUUGCCAAGCAUGUGAGAAAUGUUUUACUAAGAUAUCAGCUCUUCAGAUGCAUGAAAAUCUCCAAACAAAAGAAAAACAGCACAUGUUUGGAAUGUGGAAAAUAUUUUUUCUGGAAUCCCCAUCUUUGUAGCAAAAGAGAGUCCACCCUGGAGAGAAAACAUGGAAAUGCUGGUAUGGUGGGAAACAACACAAGUAGGACCACAGUAUCCGCAGGAGAUCAGCUCAACGCACCAUCAUCCCCACAGAGGCAGAAAAGCACGAAUAUAUACAUGCUAUAUACCAUCGGUGGGCAAUUAAUUUCUAUGGGGGGCACAAAAUCUGAACUGUGUUCG